UCUACGCGAAUUCGGUUGUGUGGUCGUUAAAAAUAGUAAUAAAUUAAAGUGAAAAAUAGUGAAUUUUUGUGGCAAAUAAAAAUUAAGAAAAAAGAAUCCGACACACACACGUAUGAAACCAAUUUAGAGGAGCAAAAAAAAGAAGAGAAAAAAAUCAUUAAAAUUGAAAGAUGAAAUUUUUUAAAUAUUGAAAAUACACAUAAAUUCUGAAUGUUUUUUAAGAAAAUCAAUAGUUCGUAAAGAAAGCAGAAUAAAAAAUAUUAUUUUAGUUUUUAAGUGAAGUUGUAGUGAGUGUAAAGAAUAAAACGAAAAAAAUUUAAACGCAAUAUAAAUUUUUUCUUACUGCUAAAAGAGGAGUGUGUGUAUUGAAGAAGAAGAAGAAAAAACAGCCCGUUGAAGAAGUGGACGAAAAAGUCAGCAACCUUUUAGACAUACAGAGAGGGCAAGAAGUAAGAAGUUAAUUCUUAAAAAAGAACAACAAUAAUUGCUGAAAAAUGCAUUAAAUGCAGACCAAUAAGUUUAGGAAAAUUAACCAAAGAUAAUUUGUUAAAACAAAAUAAAUUUUCAAUUUAACUUAUAAGGAACUGUUGAAGGAUUAAUAAUUCAAGCAGCAAAUUAAAUCGAGGGGCCUUUUUUCAACAUUCGUUCAAAACUCAAAACACACACUCACAGCUAAAUAAAAACAGCAAUAAAUACAUUGUGAAAGUAAACAUAAAUGGUUUCUACUUUCAUAGGACUUUUGGAUAUACAAUCAUGGUGGGAGAUACCGUGUAUUUCACAUUUUUGUUCAUUGUUUAGUUCAGCAUUUGAUUUGCCCGAUAUUGAUAUUGAGGAUUUAGAAUCCGCUUUAUUAUCCGAUGGUACAACAACAGACGAUGAACAUCAUAUUGCUUUAGUGCCUGAACUUAUUGUACGCUUAUUAAAGGGUUGCGAUGCUUUACGUUCGGUAGCAAAAGAAAUAACCCAUAGUAAUUAUCAAAUGUUUUUACGGCGUUUCCUACGCCAACAGUGUCGUCUUCAUAAUACCGAAAAUCAUUUUGAUACCGAUAUUGAUUUUCAAUCUUUACCCGUACGCAAACGUCUUUUAAUUCUCUACGAUCUCUGUCACUUUCGUCUCGAUUCGGCCGAUGUACAAGUCAUUUUAAACAAUUUAGAAUCGGAUAGUUUACGUGUCGAGCCGUUGGGUUACGAUUCGAAAAAUUCCGGCUAUUGGUAUUUUUACGGCACCCGUCUGUAUCGUGAAGAUAAACCGGCCGCUUCGAAUAGUUUCAAAUCGAAUUCGGUGUGGCAAGUGAUCUGCUUUACCGAAGAGGAUUGGCAGAAUUUGGCCACGAAAUUUAAAGCAUCCACGAAUGCCAAGGAAAAGGAACUCUAUCAGAUAUUAGAUGAGAAUUUUCUACCAAAGUUGCCACAACUUUUUCGUGAACGUGAACGUUUAAGAAGGAGAAAACUCUUUCAAGUGCGCAACUCGAGUCGUAUUCGUAAUCUGGUCGAGCUGAAAGCCCGUCAAGAACAAGAACGUCUAGAACGCCAGCAAAGAGAACGUCAACGUUAUUCUUUCGAACAACCGCAGCCUGCUAAGACAUCAUUGUUACCAUUAAACGCUUCAACAGCAGCAGCAGCAACAACAAGCUCUCAAACUAGAGCACGCAGAUGUUCCCAAUCAACUUCAACUGCUAGUGGCAUUUCGACCUAUGCCAGUUCAUUGCGACGCACUAUAACAACCAACUCAAGUGAUUUCCUGGGACAUCGUGAAACAUUUUGUUUAACACCCGAAGACGACGACGAAGAAGAGGAAGAAGACGAGGCCGAAGAUAACGAUCAGGAUAACGAAUAUCGACGAAAUCGAAAUUAUCAACAAGAAAGACAUUUCGAUUUGGAAGAUCAACAUAAAAGGCCAAUAGACGAUACCUCCACGUUAUUAACGGAUGAACAUUUAAAUCUUUUAAAAAAUAUCAAAUUAGAACCGGCUGACAAUUUACACGAAUUGCCAGAAGCAGAAGAAGACGACGACGAGGAAGAACAACAGCACAUAAUAAACAAAUAUAAAGCUUUACAACAAAACCAUAACGAUAAUCAAAAUAUUGACGACAACACAACAAUAGCACCAGCUACUCAAGACACAAGAACUCUAGUCGCAGGAGACGAAGAAGGCGACGAAAAACUUGUAGAAGAACUAAAUCAAAAAUCAAAUAGAAAAUCUCAUCACCACCACCAUCAUCAUCAUAAAAAGAAGAAAUCACAGAAAAAGCAAAAGAAAAAGUCUAAAGAACAUCGCAGGAAACACAAGCACUCAGAUAAACAUCAAAACGAGCUAACGACAAUAACAGCAACAAAUACAAAUACAACAACUCAACCAACUGAAACUAAUACAACAAAUCAACAACAACAACAACAGCAACAAUCUCAAGCGCAACAGCAGCCACAUCCCCAUACACCACAACAACAAGAUAAACCACAAUUGCCCACACGUUCUUCUAAGGCCAACAAAUAUCAAACUAUCGAUGAAGAAGAACCAGUAUUAAGUCCAGAAGAUAAGGAAAAUUUCUGUCGUGCUAUCGGUGUAGUACCCACAGAAAGUCUCUUACAUUUACACAACAAUCACAACAACAAUAACCAACACAAUAACACCACUAACGAAUUGGAUACAGCUGGACAGGAGCAUCACAAUCACGUCGAUUUGCAACUGAGCUCGGCCGGCGUAGCCAUAAAAAAGGAAAAAGAUUGUUCGGCAGUUUAUGAUAUGGCACCAGCUACAAAUAUGAAAUUGCCGGGACGUCAAACAAACAAUUCUCUAUCUUCAUUAACGGGUAAUAUUUUCAUACCAACCACUUUACAAGAUUCCACUACAGCCACCUCAACUUCAGCUACAUCAUCUUCCACAUCCUCGGCCGCCACAACACAACAACAACAAUUAAACAACAAAGAUACAAAUAAAACAAAGAAUUCCACAAUGGCGAAUAGAAAACAAAAAUCCACGGACAACACAAAUUCCGGUGGAAAAGGUUCUGGCGGCCCUAAAAAGAAGACCUCAACUACUGCAGCAGCGGCCGCCUCUGUAAAGCAGGAAGCUGAACGUGAUCGUGAUGACAUAACACCGGCCAAAUCGAAUAUAACGUCAUCACAAAAUUCGGAUAAAAGUGCUGAUGAAAAUGUAAUAUGUAGCAACAACAGCAACCAGUAUCAACUACAACAACAACAAGACCAAGAACAACAACACUAUGUCACGAUCAAUAAUCAUAACAACAGUAACAAUUAUAAUAAUAAUAAAAAUAAUAAGAAUAAAAAUAAAAAUGUUAAUGAAACAACAGCAGCAACAACUACAGUUGCCGCCAUACCACCAACCAAACGUUAUUUAAAACACAAUACUAACAAUCACACUUACAACAACAACAACAGCACUACUACUACUCCCACUAGUACUACCAAUCACACCAACAACAACACUACCUCUAAUGAUAAUUAUUUCCAUUCUUCAACUACUAAUACUAAUAAUACUAAUAAUAAUGCACAUUUCUCCCAACACAAUCACCAAAACCACCAUUCCUCCACUAUAUCCUCUGAUUCUUCUUAUGUACAUAAAAAAUCAUCAACCUCUUAUCAUAAAUAUCAAAAACAACAACACCAAUACCACCACAAUCAUCACCACAUGCCACCACCAACAAAAUCAAAAUCAUCAUCCCAACACAACCACCAACAUAAUACUUUCUACAACAAUUAUUGUUUGAACAAAAAAUCCAUCACACCAAAUGUUCUUAGCUUUACCGAGACCGAAGAAGUUCUACAAAUUGGCAUGCACAAGGUACUGGUGUAUGUUAAGAAUCAUCGUGACGCUUGGCCAUUUAUGGAUCCCGUUGAAGAGGAUAUUGCACCCAGAUACUAUUCCAUUAUAAGGAGACCUAUGGACCUUUUAAAAAUGGAAGAUAAACUCGAUAAUGGCGAAUAUCAGAAAUUUAGUGAUUUUCGCAAUGAUUUUAAACUGAUUGUUAACAAUUGUCGUUUAUACAAUGGCAACGACAAUGAAUACACCGAAAUGGUGAAUAAACUCCAAGAAGCCUUUGACAAAGCCACCAAAAAAUACUUUGAUCAUUUGUCGGACGACGAUGAAGAUGAUCCGAAUUUAAGUUAUCCGGCGGCCGAUGCAAAAAUGAAUGUUUUCCGUGAAAAAUAUUUUAAUAAAAAGGCUAAAGACAAAGAAAAUCAAGAAAUGGCCAACAAGAAAACCACACAGAAGUCCACAGACAAAAAGAAACAUAGCAAGAAAGAUAAAACAAAAGAGGUCAUGAGCAGCGAUGAUGAAGAUCUGGAGGGCAAAGAUAGUGGCGAUGAUGAGAAGCUGGAAGAAGAAGAAAGUGAUCACAAAACCUCAAAUGCCAAAAGGAAACGAAAAGAUAAGGAUAAAAAGCGCAAGAGAAAAUCAAAAACACAACGUAAAGAUGAUAGGCAGAGUGAGGAGGAGGAUCAGUAUGAAUUCAAAGAUGAUGACGAAGAUAUUGAGGACAUACAGGAUUUGGAAGAGAGUCGAAAUUCUUCGAAAAAGUCAAAAACAUACAAAGAGUCCUCUUCAAAGAAGGACAAAAAAUCUAAGCAUGAGAAGAAAAAUUCCAAAUCGAAUGCAAAAUCUAAAAAGUCAUCAAAGAAGGCAAGUAAAUCUAAGCAAAAGGUGGAAGAGGAUGAUAUGGAAAUGUCCGAGGAUGAGGAUGAUUUCAUGAAUGCAGAAUCUGAAGAAGAGCCAGACGAUGAAGACGAUGAGAAUUUUGAAUUAAAGUCUACGAAGAAGGGUAAAUCUAAAGCAAAAGAGAACAAAUCAGGAAAAUCGGCAAAUCAGAAGAAAAAAGGUGCUGGUAAAAAGAAAAAAGACAAUUCCAAAAGUAAAACCAAAACGAAAGAUUCCCUUAAGACGACGGGAAAAUUCAAAUCAAAGGCCGAAAUCACGGAAUCCGAACAGGAAGAAUCUUCCACAGAAGCAGACGAAGAAAAAGUUAUAAAAUCAGAGCCCGAAGAACCGGAAGAAGACCCACCACCACCUCCCGCACCCGUCAAACCUCCAAACAAGAGGAAAUCCUCUUUGGUCACAAGCAAGGAUUUGCCACCACCCGCUAUAGCUGCCUUAAAUGCUUCUGCCUCGGAAUUGGAAGAAGACAUACUAGACGAAGACAGCCGUAGUAUGUCGCCCUUCAAAGUAGAUUUACAUAAAAAAUACUCAAAAAGUGCCCUUAAUGAAGAUCUCUCUGAACUUUUGACAACCGUUAAGAAAGUGCAAAGCACUUCUUUAAACAAUUUGCAACAACAACAAUCCCAUCAAUCCGAUAAUGAAGAUUUAAAAUCCACUUCUAGUCAUACAACCGAGGAAUCCAGAGAGCCCUCACCCGAACCUGUAACAAAAAAGAAAACAACACCAAAAACAAAUAAAACCAAUAAAAAGGAAAAAGAAAACAAACGCAAAAGAUCUACUUCAUCUUCUUCCACUGCUAACACGACUACAACAUCAUCUAGUGAUAAGAAAAAACAGACAGAGAAAGAGAAAGCUGCUGCGGCAGCAGCUGCCGAACAGGCAGAGUUGGAUAUGUUAUUACCGUUUCUCGAUAAGUAUGAACUUAUAAAAUAUCGCAGAAGCAGAGCUUUACUCAAUCAACAAAACGUGGCUGCCGAAACAAAAGCGACCACAAAAUCCCAGAACUCCAGGAAACGGGACUCAUCUAGUAAGGCUGUUUCAGAAGCCUCGGACAAAACUCCCGAGAAACCUGCAACUGAGCCAACAAGAGGUAGAAAAUCUCGAGAUAAUAAAAAAGCUAAAAAGAAUUUGGAAAAGGCUUUGGAAAUACCCGAACCUAAACCAGAACCUGUAAAAAUGGUUGAGGAGCCAAAACCUGAGAUAAAGAAAACAAUUGUAGCAGAAAAACCCAUAGAGAAGCCAGCCGAACCUGAAGAUGUAAUAAUGGCCGAAGUGGUGGAGGAAGAAGAUAAAGAAAAAUCAUUCAAGUUACCUCCAUUAACAGCGCCUGCUAUAAAAGACAAGAAAUCUGUGAGCAAUGACAAAUUACCACCCAAAAAGAAAGAGAAACUUAAAGCCGCAGCAUUAAUAGAGAUUUCACCACCGCUCUCCCCAGUGGCAACUCCACAGUCUGUGCCGAUUUGUGAGGUUAUAAAAGAAAUAGUGGAAAUAAAAGAGCCUCCAAAAAUGGAAGAGAAGGAAAAGGAAAAAGAAAAGGAGAAAGAGAAAGAAAAGGAAAAGGAGAAAGAAAAGGAAAAAGAAAAAGAGAAACCUCAAGCUCCUCCACCACCCAAAAAAGCUCUGCAGAAGAAGGCUACCGCAAAUCAAAACAACAAUAAAAAGUCAACUAAAAAUAAUGCGGCAAAUAAUUUGAUUACUCAAAAGAACUCCGCUACUACUUCUGCCAAUCUAGAAGCCUUAGACGUGGAAACUGAACAGACCCUCAAGGAUAUCAAUCGCUGGUUAGAACAUACUCCCAGGUUCUCCGAAUUUUCUUCAGCAUCCAACUCGCCCUCACGUUAUAUGAUGGAUGAUUUUGACCCGGCUAUAACUAGUAAAUUGGAUGGUCCUUCGAAUGCCAAAGAUGACUUAAUGCCAGUAAAACUACAAGAGGCCUUUGAUGAACUAGUCGCUGAUAACAAUUCUUCAUCUGACUCAAAUUUACCAAAGAAAGACAUCAUAAGUGAAUUGUUGCCAGUCGCGGCAGCAGCUAGACUUAAUACAUCACCCCCACAUUCAACCACAUCUGGCAAUUCGGUAGGCAGUACUUCGGUAAAUGCUUCCUCGAAUUCGUCCACAAUAAAUGCGCCUUCUAUAGCUUCAUUGAGUUCGGUAGCAGUUGCAAACACUCCUCUCUUAAUACCUCCACCCACAACAAUAGCUCCUUCUUUGACUACGGUAACCAUGCCAAAGCCAAAAGAACCCACCACCACCCAGCUAUUGUUACAUCCACCGCCACCACCUCACAUCAAAAAGCAAAUGGCAAAGGAGGACAAGAGAAAGUCCUUGAAGGAAAAACUACAAGCUGCUUCAAAUACCAGAAGAAAAGAUAAUUUAUUACGCACUAUAGACCGCUUACAACCCGGCAAAGCCAAGGGAAAUCUUAUACAAAAUGUGAACAAACCCGAUGAAUUGUUUCCAUUAGGCCCAGUAGCAGCCAAAACUAAAGAGGUCAAAAACUCUUUAAUUGUGGAAACUGCGGAUAAUGUGCCCAAAUUAAGUUUAGGCACUGUGAUAACAACUGAUGAUUUUGCUAUGGGUUCCACGCCCUCUUUUAUAGAUGAAUUAGCCUCGAAGACUGUGAACAAGGCUGCAUUAAGUCCAGCUUUGAACAACGAUAAGGAGAAGGAGUUGGAUGAAAAAUCUAAAGCAAAAGAUACAGUAUUGGAAGGUCUGUUACCAUUUCCUAAAAUCUGUUCAGCUCUUAACAGCGCACCACAUUUGUUGACAACCGAAGAAAAAGACAAGAAGUUAGAGGAAGAUUUGAAGUCAUCGAUAUUAGCUGAAAAGUCUCGACCUUUUGAGACUCUAUCAGCAACAUUGUCUUCAUUGAAUCCUGCUACUUUAACAUCUACAAACAACCCGGCAACAGCAAUAGGAACAACUGCCAAUGAAAAAGCUUUGGAUAAUAAUAACACUGCAGCUCCGUCAUCAGCUGAUGCAGCUAAAGAAAAGCCAAACUUAAGUGCCUGGUUCAAAGCUUUUGGAGCUCCCAAAAAGGCCAAAAAAUCGGAAGAGGAAGAGAAGCAACAACAACCCGAAAGUAAUGAAAGCUCUUCGGAGAAGUCACAAGAAAAGAGUUCCGUGUCUUCUGUCUCAAAUAAUGCUACGGCAGCAAAAAGUCCCACAUCUAGCUCUUUGAUAGGAGAAACCUUCUCGUUACCUUCAGCUCCAAGACAACGUAAAGCUAGCACAGGCAGCACUAUAUCAGAACGUUCUAGUUUUUCACAAGAUCCUGAUUCGCCACGCAUAACAAUAGAGGAUCGUUAUGGCUCCUACAAUGCCGGCUCUUAUACCUCACCAAUUGGAGCUUCACCUAUAGGUGCCUCGCCCAUUAUGGUGUCACCGAAACCGGAUGAAAUCACUAAACCGGCUUCACCAUAUCCCUUGAAUGGCACCAUUAAAGUUAAUUUCUAUCAGGACACCACCACAAAGAGUAGUCCCGACAAAAGUUGUAGUCCAAGAGAGAUGCCUUCACCUUAUCCCCAGUACUCACAACACAUAUACUCGUCAGCAUCUUCACCAAAUGUUUCGACUCCUGAAUUAAGUGGUACUUCUCCCUAUGGAGGAGCUAAUAGCUACAAUCCUUCCGGAUCGGAAGCUUCUAAGACCCCGGUAUACUCUUCUACUUCACCUUUGCCAAAUUUAUACGAUCAAUAUAAACAACCAAGAUCACAAGAAUCCGACUAUAAUAGUUCAAUGAGUCCUAGCACGCCAAAUCCACACUCACCCUAUCAGCAACCGCAAAAUUCUCCGUACACAACGCCUCAUACCACACCACAGCCGCACCAAAGUCCGUAUCAUCCACCAAAUUCACCAUAUCAACAGCCGCAACAAUCGCCUUAUACAACCGCCAAUCAUGCCCACAGUCCCGCGGCUCAUACUCCUGUUGCCGGUUCGGCAGCUUCCAGUGUUCACUCUCCCUUGAAUCAACAGCAACACAGUCCUUUGGCUUGUAUCGAUUCACCAGUUUCAUCAGCGGCCACACAACCGCCCACACCUUUGGCUAAUUCCCCAGCCGAACAGCCACAGCAACAUUCACCAUAUCAGCAACCAGUAAUGUCACCGUAUCAACAGCAACCACCCAGUGUGGGAUCCCAACAGCAGCAGCAACAACAGCCAAUUGUACCACAGCCUCAACCCCCCACAUACAGUCAAUCGUCUUUGGCAAAUGCAACCCCAAAUUAUCACAACACUACUACUGCAUCAAAUGCUAUGGGUUAUGGAGAGCCAAAUAACAGCACCACCAAUGCUCUGCAACCACAAGUUGCUACAUUAGAAGAGCAACAGCAGCAGCAGCAACAAACAACAGGAAUGUACUCAUCACAAAUGUCUGUAGAUAAUAACGGAAGUCUUGGACAAAACUUAAAUUCUAAUAGCAAUUCAUACGUUCCACCACCUUCUAAGGUGGCACAGCAAUUGCAACAGCCACAGCAGCAACAGCAACAUCAACAACAUCAACAGCAGCAUCAUGCUAAUGAAACACAGCAACAAACUAAUGAUACCUUACACAAUCUUUACAACCCCUCUAUGCUGAACAAUAACAAUAGUAAAACCACAACAGAAGUAAAAUCCAAUGAUUGGAGGGAUACAACAUUGUCAACGGCAACAAAUCAAGCGCCACAGCAAACACAACCGCAACAACAACAACACAAUAUUUUAACGAAUCUAACACAGCAGCAAUCACUAAUACCAAAACCGUCAUAUCCCACAUAUGCCCAAUAUCAAGCGGAGACUGCUAGUAAACAAGCAGCUGUCACGACAUCCUCAAUCGAUGAAUUAAAUCAAGAAAAUAAGACCAAUAAUAACAGUCUCUCCUCCAAUUCAUCCUCAUCAGCAGCAGCAUCACCAGCUGCGCAAAGUUACAACCUGCAAGCGAAUGCUCCAAGUAGUUUGGGAUCGUGUUCGAAUUCCGGAGAUAUGGCUGCAUUUAUGCAGCACAUGCAUCAACAGGCGCAUGCCCAAAAAACUCAGCAACCUGUGGUAAAUCCACUUAAAAGGCCAGGUGACGAUAUAUUGGGAAUGGAUUAUAGUGGAGGAACAAGUAGAAAGUUACAGAAAUGUGAAGAGCCACAAGCGUCAACGCAACAACCACAACAGCAGCAGCAACAACCACAGCCGCAGCAGCAACAACCACAACAACAGCAGCAAAUAACGCAACAAAAUAAAGCAACAACUCAGCAAACGGCUCAACAACAUCAGCCUGCCCCACAGCAACCACAACAGCACCAGCAACAAUCAACCCUUUCGGCUUUGUUAAGUCAACCGCCAACACAAACUCAGCAACAACAGCAGCAGCAGCAGUUGCAGCAAUCGCAACAACAACAGCAGCAACUGCAACAACAAUCGACACAAUCCCAACAACAGCAGCAACCACAACAAACUCAAGCCGCUUCAACUCAACAAGAUCCACAGCAGCAACAGCAACAAUUGAGUAAAUACUCUCAAAUGUUUGACUCUUUCUUGGGUUCCAUGGCGUUUGGCAAACAUUUGGGUAAUAUAGCACCCGAGAAGGCGUUUGCCAUGUACAAUCAUGCUGCAUCAUUGGGUUUUCCUAAAGACUAUACCAAAGAUACACAAUCGUGUCAAAUGCAACAACAACAACAAACACCGCAGCAGCAGCAGCAACAGCAAACACAACAGCCGCAACAGCAACAGACACACAAGACUCUACAUCAAGAGCAAAAUAAACAUUUGGCCUCACAUUUAAUGCAGCAACAUCAACAACAACAGCAACCUACAGAACAACAGCAGACUCUGCAACAAAAUCAAACAUUGCAACAGCAUCAAAACAAAUCUACUCUAGAUAUGAUGAAUAAAACCCCCAUGGGCUAUGGCUCCUCUAGUAGUUCAGCUAGCAAUAUAAUGCAGCAACAUAAUCAACAGCAGCAGCAGCAACAACAACAACAGCAGCAACAAAAAUCCACAGAAUCUGCAAUACAACAACCUUUAAAUAUGUCUAACACGGACAACACCUACAUGGCACAUCAGCAACAUCAUACAAUGCACCAACAACAACAGCAGCAGCAGCAACAACAACAACAUAGUUUAUACAAUAGCAAUAGUAAAUUAGCACAAAACCCACAACAGCAACAAACUGCACAACAACAGCAACAACAUCAGCAAUUGACCCACACUUAUGGCCAACAGCAACAACAUCAGCAGCCACAAACUCAACAACACACUUCCACUAACGAUAAAAGCUCAGGUUCUGCAUCCAACAAUUCUUCAGUAAACACCCAUGAGACUGCAACAUCUAAUACGGUAUCAGCCGCCAAUAAUCCUCUACUAAAUGCAAUGACAGCCUCUCAUCAUCUCUCGCACACUCAUCAUUUGUCGGCCUAUAAUAAACCCACACCGCCACCACCCCCAGCGCAAACCUACAAUAAUCCAGCUGCUUCUCUUCUACAUCCUUUGGGAGAUCCCUCGCUUAUGGGUCUGACGGGCCAAUCAGCUGCCAGUAACUAUUAUGAUAAAACUAUGCCACCAGCAGCCCACACAUACAAUUCAGCAACGGCGGCUACAGCCUCUAAAGGAUUAACUUCUGCGGCUUCACAACUUUAUCUGAAUUCGAUGCAAGCUGCUGGCAAUACAGCCAGUUCUGCCGGGGCCAGUAUUUAUGGUAAUCCACAUCAAAUGCCAUCGGCUUCCAGUUAUUUACACAGUUUAGCAGGUAAUAAUGCGCAGGCAAAUGCGGCACAGCAAGCUCAACAGCAACAGCAACAACAGCAGCAGCAACAACAACAUGUGGAGCCUCAAAAACCACCGCCUGCUAAGAGAGGACGUAAGAAAAAGGCUUCAACUAUAGCAGCUGAACAAGCAGCUGCAGCUGCCAAAGCUCAACAGCAGCAGGCUCAACAACAAGCCCAACAACAGGCUCAACAAUUGCAGCAACAGCAACAGCAGCAGCAUCAAUCACAACAACACCAACAUCAUCAGUCCCAGGCUGCCCAUCAGCAGCAGCAACAACAACAAAGUCUACACUCCUCGCAAUACAGCAAUCCAAACUCUCAGAAUCCCGCUGCCGCCUCUGUUUCCACAGCCCAUCAGUUGCAAGCGCUACAAAGUUUCCAACUAUAUGCCGGCCUCAAAUCAACCGGCGUUGGUUCGCCCCUGUCCACCUCGAAUUCUUCACAAGCUACUGUAGGCUCUCAAAACUCCAGUACAAAUGUCAACAAUAACUCCUCAUCGACCACUUCAUCAUCAGCCGCAUCCGCCUUAGAUGCCAUCUCGCUGAAAACUGCCGCCGGCAUGGUACCAGGAAGUGCUUUUAAUUUUGGCCACACGGCCAGUACUCUGGGUUUGUAUGGCGAACAAACGGGUUCCAGUUAUUUAGAUCAAUUUAGAGAUGCCUCCAAUCCCUACUAUAUGCCACCUGCACCUGCCCACAGCAGAAGUACAACAGCCAAUGAUGCUUCCGCCUCUGCUUCGGCCAGUGUUAUGGAUAAAACCCAAGCGGCUUUAAAUCCAGCCGCCACACCAAAUCCCUACAGUUUUCUAGCAGCACAUCCCUCGACCAGAGCCUCGCCGUAUUUCAUGAAUGCUGCCUCACAAUUGGAUGCUGCCAAUAGUCAAUUGUAUCAACAAUAUUUGAGACGUGAUGACUAUCAUACACGCAUGAUAUUUAAUCCAUCACUGUUGAGUGGUCCUGCCACUGCAGCGGCUGCAGCAGCCGCAGCUGGUUAUGGUCAACCACCACCUUCAGCGUAUAGAUCUUCAUCUUUGGGUAUGCCCAAACCAUAUGAUGCUGCAAAUCCUAGACCCUGGUUCUAGCAGUGCGCCCAAAAUGGGCAACAACAGCAGCAGCAAUCAACAUCCUUAGAUACGGAAACAGCUGAGCAAAUGAAUAUGAUGGCAACACAACAACAACAGCAGCAACAACAGCAAGAUAACAACACACAUUCUCAUCAUAAUCAUCAAAACAAUCAAUUACAUUGAAUCUACUCAAAUUGUUGGGGAUUUCAACGCUGGUCGUGGGAAUAUUUUUAUAUACAUACACAGGCAUAUUUUGUUAUUUAAGUUGUUUUUCAAAAUUCGUUAUUUAUUUCUUUUUUCAUAACAUUUUUUUUGGGGAACUUAACAUUCA